GCCCGUUGUCCCGAGGGCCUGUGGCCUCUGCCGCCACAGGUGUCACCGAGAGUGACUUACGCGCGGAGGAGCCGAUGGCAGCCUCUCCUCACCUGAAGCUGAAGUGGGUAGCGCCCAGCCCUCCUGCCAUCCAUCCCAUCCACCUCCAAAGCCCAGUGCGAGAGUCAGCUUUCUCGAGAACAUGCCCGAUCACGCCAGCCCUUAUUCAUCACCUUCUCCAAAUUCACACCGAGGAUGUCCGCUUCUUCUACCACCCCUGUGCACACCCUUGGCUGAAGCUCCAGCUUGCCCUCCUGGCCCACGUCUGUGUGGCCCAGCCCUCACUGGCCGCUGACCCUAGCCUUACUCAGGAGCGGCCCCUGGUGUUGGCAGCAUGGGGCGCAGUGCUGGAGAUGGCGUGGAUAGAGCCGGCCCGGGCUGCCCGCUUGCUGAAGAGGAGGUGGCGGCGGAAGCAGAGGAAGAAGGCAUGGCUCUGCUCUGAUGGGCUUUCUGGGUCCUUGGUGCCAAGGCCAGGUAGAGGGAGACUGUGCUGGAGAGGGUGUGUGCAGGCUUCAGCUUUGGCCUUUACUCUGUGGAGCUGGCAGCCCCCUGGUGCAGAGGAGGCAACUGGAGGGCCCAGGCACCUGUCUCUUGGUGGUGCCAAGAGGCGGGGUCUGCGGGCUGCCCUUGGUCUCCGGCCCACCCCCUCAGGCCUGAGGUUCUCCUCUGCUUCCCCGCAGAGCCAGGGUCCCCAGCAGCCAGUGUUGGCUGUACGGGCUGCCGGGGGUGAGGCGCCAUCUGUGCCCACUCCCCCGGUGCUGCCUGAGGGGCUUGGACACAAUGCCAGCUCCAGUCUAGAGGCUCCAGUGCCCAAAAGGCAGAGCAGCUCAGGGAGCUGCACAUGUCCAGAGGAGGCUUCCCCAGCCCCUCGGGCAGCGGUGCCUCCACGGGUGGCCCGGGGCCCCACCCCACGCACGGAGGAGGCCGCUUGGGCUGCCAUGGCCCUGACUUUCCUGUUGGUGCUGCUCACUCUGGCCACGCUCUGCACUCGGUUGCAUCGAAACUUCCGACGCGGGGAGAGCAUCUACUGGGAGCCCACGGCCGACAGCCAGGACACGGUAGCCGCUGUGCUCAAGAGGAGGCUGCUCAUGCCCCCGCGCCGGGUCAAGCGCUCCCGCCGGAGACCCCUGCUCCCACCCACGCCGGACAGCGGCCCAGAUGGGGACAGCUCCGACUGACCUGCCACCGUGGCAGGUUUGCUUUGUCACCCGGGAGGCUGCGACCUCUGCCACGUGGACCCUGCGCAGGGUCGCCCCCUGGUGGCCAGAUGGAGCAGACCCGCCUCAGCACUGCGAAGGGGCUCGUCCCUGUGGGGUGUUCUGCUCUUCCGGUGAGGAAAGGGGCCCUUUCCGCCUCCCUUGCCUGUGUUUCUAAUUAAAUUAUUUUGGUAGA